AUGUCGGCCAAAGCCAUCUCCGAGCAGACGGGAAAGGAGUUCCUCUACAAGCACAUCUGCACGUCGGCUGCCGUCCAGAACAGAUUCCGCUACGCCAACGUCACGCCCGAGACCGACUUGGACCGACUGGCGCAGGAUCACCCAUGGCUGCUCACAGAGAGACUGGUGGUGAAGCCGGACCAGCUGAUCAAGAGGCGAGGGAAGCUCGGCCUGGUCGGCGUCAACCUGGACCUGAACGGCGUCAGAGAGUGGCUGAAGUCCCGCUUCAUGAGAGAGACGAUGGUGGGAAAAGCCAAAGGCGUUCUCAAGAACUUCCUCAUCGAGCCCUUUGUGGCCCAUAAGCAGGAGGAGGAAUUCUACGUGUGCGUCUACGCCAGCCGGGAGGGCGACUACGUGCUGUUUCACCACGAGGGAGGGGUGGAUGUGGGAGACGUGGACGCCAAGGCGAAGAAGCUGCUGAUUGGGGUGGAUGAAAAGAUCAGUGAAGACUGUGUGAAGAAGGAGCUGCUGACUCACGUCCCCAACGACAAGCAAGUAGUCCUGUCCAGCUUCAUCGUUGGGCUCUUCAACCUGUACGAGGAUCUGUUCUUCACGUACCUGGAGAUCAAUCCGCUCGUGGUCACAAAAGAUGGAGUUUACGUGCUGGACAUGGCAGCGAAGAUCGACGCCACAGCUGACUAUCUCUGCAAGGCCAAGUGGGGCGAUGUGGAGUUCCCUCCACCCUUCGGCAGGGAGGCCUACCCCGAGGAGGCCUACAUUGCCGACCUUGAUGCAAAGAGUGGCGCGAGCCUCAAACUGACCCUCCUCAACCCCCGAGGCAGGAUCUGGACCAUGGUCGCAGGAGGAGGCGCCUCAGUGGUUUACAGUGACACGAUCUGUGACUUGGGCGGCGUCAACGAGCUGGCUAAUUAUGGAGAGUAUUCAGGAGCACCAAGCGAACAGCAGACCUAUGACUACGCCAAGACGAUCCUGUCUCUGAUGACCAGAGAGAAGCACCCUGACGGAAAGGUUUUGAUCAUCGGGGGAAGCAUUGCAAACUUCACAAAUGUUGCAGCAACAUUUAAGGGGAUUGUUCGAGCCAUCAGAGACUUUCAGGUGCCUCUGAAGGAGCAUGAGGUCACCAUCUUUGUCCGCCGUGGAGGCCCCAACUACCAGGAAGGUCUACGAGUGAUGGGAGAAGUUGGCAAGACAACUGGGAUCCCCAUCCAUGUCUUUGGCACAGAGACUCACAUGACGGCCAUUGUUGGCAUGGCACUGGGCCACAGGCCAAUCCCCAACCAGCCUCCUGCUGCUGCCCACACCGCCAACUUCCUCCUCAACUCCAGCGGCAGCACAUCGACUCCAGUCUCCAGCAGAACUGCUUCUUUCUCUGACAACAGAGCCAAAGUUGAGGCUUCACCAGCCAAGAAGGACAAAGCUGGAGCUCCCAUCGCAAAGGCAACUACCCUCUUCAGCAAACACACCAAGUCCAUAGUGUGGGGUAUGCAGACCCGGGCGGUGCAGGGCAUGCUGGACUUUGACUACGUCUGCUCCAGAGAAGAGCCAUCUGUCGCUGCCAUGGUCUACCCGUUCACUGGAGACCACAAACAGAAGUACUACUGGGGCCAUAAAGAGAUCCUCCUCCCGGUCUACAAGAACAUGAGCGACGCCAUGAAGAAGCACCCAGAUGUGGACGUGCUCAUCAACUUUGCGUCUUUGCGUUCGGCCUUCGAUAGCACCGUGGAGACCAUGCAGUACCCACAGAUUCACACCAUUGCCAUCAUCGCUGAGGGAAUCCCUGAAGCCCACACCAGGAAGAUCAUCAAGGCUGCAGAUAAGAAGGGCAUUACGAUCAUUGGACCGGCGACCGUGGGAGGAAUCAAGCCAGGCUGUUUCAAGAUCGGCAACACCGGAGGAAUGCUGGAUAACAUCCUCGCCUCCAAGCUCUAUCGCCCAGGCAGUGUGGCCUACGUGUCCCGCUCAGGCGGCAUGUCCAAUGAACUCAACAACAUAAUCUCGCGCACCACUGACGGUGUUUUCGAAGGUGUGGCCAUCGGUGGGGACAGAUACCCCGGCUCGGUGUUUACUGAUCACGUGCUGCGCUACCAAGACACUCCUGGAGUCAAGAUGAUUGUUGUGCUGGGGGAGAUUGGAGGCACAGAGGAGUACAUGAUCUGCCAGGCCAUGAAGCAGGGCAGGAUCACAAAGCCUAUGGUGUGCUGGUGUAUCGGCACCUGUGCUACCAUGUUCUCCUCCGAGGUUCAGUUCGGCCAUGCAGGAGCCUGUGCCAACCAGGCCUCUGAGACCGCAGUAGCUAAGAACAAGGCUCUGAAGGAGGCAGGAGCCUUCGUCCCCAAGAGCUUUGAUGAGCUGGGAGAGAUCAUCAUUUCUGUUUACGAUGAUCUUGUUGCCAGAGGAGUUAUCCAGCCAGCCGAAGAGAUGCCUCCUCCCACUGUGCCGAUGGAUUACUCCUGGGCCCGAGAGCUGGGUCUGAUCCGUAAACCUGCUUCCUUCAUGACCAGUAUCUGUGACGAGCGGGGUCAGGAGCUCAUCUACGCAGGCAUGCCCAUCACUGAGGUCUUCAAGUCAGAAAUAGGCCUCGGAGGAACUCUGGGGCUUCUCUGGUUCCAGAGGAGGUUGCCGAGGUAUGCCUGUCAGUUCAUUGAGAUGUGCCUGAUGGUGACUGCGGAUCACGGCCCAGCGGUCUCCGGUGCACACAACACAAUAGUGUGUGCUCGAGCCGGCAAAGAUCUCAUCUCCUGCCUCACCUCCGGCCUGCUCACCAUCGGUGACCGCUUUGGAGGUGCUCUGGAUGCUGCAGCAAAGCAGUUCAGCAAGGCCUUUGACAGCGGCAUGCUGCCCAUGGAGUUUGUGAACAAGAUGAAGAAGGAUGGCAAGCUGAUCAUGGGCAUUGGACACCGAGUUAAGUCGAUUAACAACCCCGACAUGAGAGUGCAGAUCCUGAAGGACUUUGUGAAGCAGCACUUCCCCUCCACCCAGCUGCUGGACUACGCUCUAGAUGUGGAGAAGAUCACCACGUCCAAAAAACCCAACUUGAUCCUGAACGUGGACGGCUUCAUUGGUGUGGCCUUUGUGGACUUGCUCAGGACUUGUGGUGGCUUUACAAGGGAUGAAGCCGACGAGUUUGUGGAGAUUGGAGCUCUGAACGGCAUCUUUGUCCUGGGGCGUAGCAUGGGAUUUAUCGGACACUAUCUGGACCAGAAGAGGCUGAAGCAGGGUCUGUAUCGCCACCCUUGGGAUGACAUCUCCUAUGUGCUCCCAGAACACAUGUCCAUGUAGAGGGACACAACCAGAGAGCGUCAGACUUCUGUGCCCAAAUCCCCUCGCCCAGCCCACACUGUGAUCUGUCACCCCGAAGCAGCGGCGUCAUAUAGGGAAGAUGUUACUGUCGAUAUAUAGCUUUUAAAUUGCAAAUGUUAAAAACAAGAGUACGUUUUUAGUUUUGGAAACCUGUCAGUGCUGCAGUUCUGUGAGUGUUAGUAAAAACCUGAUGAACUGUGAAGCUCCAGUAAAACAAAGUCAGAGUCUGACUGAGGAGAUUUGAAGAUAAAUCAGACGCACAGGGAAGAGGGGUAAAGUGGGUUAUUCAACGACGGACCACCACCCCCACUCCCGAGGCUAGUGAAGUACUUAUUUACCCCAGAUAUAUAUAUAUAUAUAUAUCAUUGUCGUAUUUACCUAGCAUGUCUCACAGAUUGUUGUGUCUCUGUGCUGCUCUCUUCAUCGUGCCACUUGAGAAUCAUGAGCUUGCUACAAGGGGGGUGAACAAGUAGUGCAAUAAUACGAGAACAUACUGUAGAUCAGAGCUUUAUUUAUGUAUAGAUGUGUUGAUGGUGACAAUUAAAUGGUACACCAAUGUUAUAGUUUACGUCUUUGACACGGUGGCAAAAAUGAAACCUCAGUCUGCGUUCAAAAGGGAUCAUUGUAUGAGUCAUUCCUGGCAGGUGUUGACAUAUCCUCUCUCAGCUGGUGGAGUAUUUUCUAAAAGGGAUUAAAUGGAAGUUGAGUGUUUAGUCAUAAGAAGAACAAGUCUUUCUUUCCCCAGUUAUUUAAGUGGAUUAUGACGUGUUUGCCAUAAGCUCAGGAUACGGUUAUGAUACCAUCUUCUGUGGGAGAUUAGCUAGGAAAAGAUUUUCAGUCUUAAUAUUGUUAACAUUGAUGCACUCGUCUCAUCUCAUUACAAUUAUUAGAAUAUGUCUGUGUCAGCACUUAUAAGACAGCAGCUACUUUCAGCAGUUGAAUGCCAUCAUAUAUUUUAGGUCUUUACAUAUUUUUUUAUACGAUUAAUAUAUUAGGUCUAAAUAUAUUUUUUAAUGAAUGUUUAAUUUCUCUGUUAGAGUAAGAUUUUAAAUGUCAUUACAUGCCUAAUAUUGACCACGUUGCUCCAUAUUUUACUAACUUUAUUUUAACAAUUAAUAUGACAACGAGUCUCACCUUUGGUACAUUUGGACAAAACUUAAAAAUUAAAACAUUCUCCUACAAUUUUCAAGGUCCGAAAGAAAUGGCAGCCAUCACCAGUGGCAUCUAUUAAGUGAAUGUUACAAAACUGUAGGCACAUUCUUCGGAAACCUUACCAGUGUUGUCGCAAUGUUUAUGUUUAUAACCGUCUCGAUGUGAACUGAAUGUGCCUCUGUACUGAUUUGAUGUUAGUUGACAACUGUGUAAUUGAGUAAAAAUAAAAUGUAAUUAGUGUAAUGUAAUAAUACAAUGUGUGUGUGUGUGUGUGUGUGUGUGCUCAGCGUUAUCUUUUAAAUAUAUUGUAACUUCUGCUCCGAUUAAAUUGUAAAGUGAG